AUGGCAAACGGUGAUUCUGCGGAAAGCGAGUCGACGUCAGCUGCAAAUCAAGAACAUCUUCCUCGCCCUUCCAUUUCUUCCUCUAAGAGCUCAACUUCGUCAGUCGAUUCGUCUCCACCCGAAGAGUUCGCGCCAAUCCGUACCACACCAUCAGACUCGCAGGCAGAUUCUACAGGGUCAAACCUAGACGAGGAUAGUGUCGCGCAUACUAUAUCGCGUCGUCGCAGCUAUGCCUCCGGUCAUGAUACCAAAGGAGAGGAAUGGGCCCAGAUAGAAAAGCUGGUCUCACGGAUGUUCGGUGCUGAGCGUAAGGCAAAUUCCGAAGAAGAAAAAACACGACAUGUGGGAGUUGUGUGGAAGCAUCUCACCGUAAAGGGCGUUGGCAUUGGCGCCGCUAUCCAACCUACAAAUGGGGAUUUCUUUCUCGGGUUGCCACGGCUCAUUAAGCAACUCUUCACUCGGGGCAAGAAAGGUGCUGGGAGUGGAAAACCACCAAUACGGACCAUCUUGGAUGAUUUUACAGGAUGUGUGCGCCCAGGGGAGAUGCUUCUUGUUCUGGGACGCCCUGGGUCUGGGUGUUCCACUUUCUUGAAAGUACUCGGCAAUCAACGAGCGGGCUACGAAAGCAUCGAAGGCGAUGUACGGUAUGAUGGCACUGACUCAGAAACUAUGAAAAAGCACUUCAGGUCUGAAGUCUUGUACAACCCCGAGGAUGAUCUCCACUAUGCAACUUUGUCUGUGCGUGAUACACUCCUCUUUGCCCUGAAGACCCGAACUCCCAACAAAGCCUCACGCAUCCCAGGAGAAAGCAGGAAAGAAUAUCAGCAGACCUUUUUGACGGCCAUAGCAAAGUUGUUCUGGAUUGAACAUGCUUUGGGAACCAAAGUUGGGAACGAACUCAUUCGAGGAGUUUCCGGGGGCGAGAAGAAACGAACCUCGAUUGCUGAAGCCAUGGUCACGAAGGCUAGCACACAGUGCUGGGACAACUCCACCAGGGGCUUGGACGCUAGUACGGCACUGGAGUAUGUUCAAAGUUUGCGAAGUUUAACAAACACUGCCAACGUUUCAACAGUGGUAGCUCUCUAUCAGGCCUCAGAGAAUCUUUUUGAUCUUUUUGAUAAGGUGAUUUUGAUUGAUGAUGGAAAAUGCUGUUUUUUUGGACCUAGUCAGGAUGCAAAGGUGUAUUUCGAGCGGCUGGGCUUUCAAUGUCCCCCACGAUGGACAACUCCCGACUUUUUGACUUCUGUCGGUGACCCUCAUGCAAGACGUGUCAAGGACGGCUGGGAUCACCGAAUCCCUCGGAAUGCAACUGAAUUUCAAGCUGCAUAUCGAAAAAGUGAUACCUACAAACGCAACUUAGCAGACAUUGAAAGCCUGGAGGGCGAUAUCGCAGCCGAAAGGCAGGAGAGGGAGGCUGCAAGAAGUAGCACCAAGCGGAAAAACUUCACAGUCUCGUUCUACAAACAGGUUAUGAUUCUCACGCACCGUCAACUUUUGGUUAUGGUUGGUGACAGAAAGUCAUUGAUUGGAAAGUGGAGUGUAAUAACUUUCCAAGCCCUCAUUGUAGGUAGCUUGUUUUACAAUCUCCCAGAUACAAGCAAUGGUGUAUUCACGAGGGGAGGUGUGAUGUUCUUCAUACUGCUUUUCAAUGCAUUACUUGCUAUGGCAGAGCUGACCGCAGCAUUUGAGAGUCGACCAAUCUUGCUGAAACAUAAAAGCUUCUCUUUCUAUCGCCCUUCGGCAUAUGCACUUGCCCAGGUUGUUGUUGAUGUGCCUCUUGUGUUCAUACAAGUCGUUAUAUUUGAUAUCGUAGUAUACUUCAUGGCAAAUCUUGCACGAACAGCUUCACAGUUCUUCAUCAAUCUACUUAUCAUUUUCGUUCUCACAAUGACCAUGUACUCGUUCUUUCGAGCCCUUGGGGCUCUAUGUGCCUCGUUGGAUGUUGCCACACGUCUCACUGGUGUCGCUAUCCAGGCAUUGGUUGUGUAUACAGGUGAGCUCAGUUUAAUGAAUCCUAAACUCGAACAGAAUGGCCAACAUAAUACAGGCUACCUAAUUCCUCCAUGGAAAAUGCACCCGUGGUUAAAGUGGCUCAUUUGGAUCAAUCCUGUACAAUACGCAUUUGAGGCGCUGAUGGCCAAUGAGUUCUACAAUCUACAGAUAAAAUGCGAACCACCCUGGAUUGUGCCCGAUGGGCCAAAUGCAGUUCCUGGCCACCAAACCUGUGCAAUUCAAGGCAGUGAGCCUGACCAGUUGGUGGUUGAUGGUUCUAAGUAUAUCAAAACAGCAUACACCUACACGAGAGCUCACCUUUGGCGAAAUAUCGGUAUUAUCAUCGGAUGGCUGAUAUUUUUUGUCUGUUUGACAAUGAUAGGAAUGGAAUUGCAGAGACCUAAUAAGGGGGGCAGCUCGGUGACCGUGUUCAAAAGAAGUGAAGCUCCCAAAGGAGUUCAGGAUGCCAUCAAAAGAUCCGCACCCCCACAAGAUGAGGAAUCUGCGGAGAAAGAUGGCACGGCUUCCAACAAAAGCGACAGCCACUCGACUGAAUCCACCGACAAAACUCAGAAUGUUGCUAAAAACACAGCAAUUUUUACAUGGCAAGAUGUCAACUACACCAUUCCGUACAAGGGUGGACAGAGACAACUAUUGCAAAAUGUUCAAGGAUAUGUUAAACCUGGUCGGCUCACUGCAUUGAUGGGUGCUUCUGGCGCAGGGAAAACCACUUUGCUCAACGCGCUAGCACAGCGAAUCAACUUCGGCGUGGUGACGGGCAACUUCUUAGUUGAUGGCAGUCCUCUCCCAAAGAGUUUCCAGAGAGCGACUGGAUUUGCUGAACAGAUGGACAUCCAUGAACCCACUGCUACUGUACGCGAGUCUCUUCGGUUCUCUGCUCUGUUACGGCAACCAAAAGAAAUCCCAUUACAAGAAAAGUAUGAUUAUUGUGAGACGAUCAUUGACUUGUUAGAAAUGCGGUCCAUCGCUGGCGCGACUGUUGGAUCCGCGGGCUCAGGUCUCAACCAGGAACAGCGCAAAUUGCUUACCAUUGCAGUUGAAUUGGCAAGUAAGCCGGAACUGUUACUUUUUCUUGACGAGCCGACAUCUGGUCUCGAUUCUCUGGCAGCAUUCAACAUUGUACGCUUCCUUCGCCGACUUGCAGAUGCCGGUCAGGCUGUACUAUGUACAAUCCAUCAACCUUCUGCAGUGUUGUUCGAGAAUUUUGAUGAGCUUUUGUUGUUGAAAAGCGGCGGGAGCGUUGUUUAUAAUGGGCCGCUUGGGAACGACUCCAAGACGCUUAUUGAAUACUUUGAGCAAAAUGGCGGGAGGAAGUGCUCACCAAAUGAAAAUCCGGCUGAGUAUAUGUUGGAGGUCAUUGGAGCCGGAAACCCGGAUUACAAGGGGCAAGACUGGGGUGACGUGUGGGCCAACUCGCCAGAAUCCAAGCAGCUUUCUGCCGAUCUAGAGGAUCUCAUAGCCUCUCGUCGCAAUGCUCAAACCGACGACAAUGUCAAAGACGACCGUGAAUAUGCAAUGCCUCUUUCUGCACAAAUAGUGGCAGUCACCAAGCGCGCAUUUGUGGCCUACUGGAGGGUGCCAGACUACAUUAUUGGUAAAUUCAUGCUUCAUAUAUUCACCGGCCUUUUCAACACUUUCACAUUCUGGCAUCUUGGACAUGGCAACAUCGACAUGCAGUCACGACUCUUCUCUGUUUUUAUGACAUUGACGAUAGCUCCACCACUGAUUCAGCAACUCCAACCGCGGUAUCUUCAUUUCCGGGGCCUCUAUGAAUCUCGCGAAGCUAACUCCAAGAUUUACUCUUGGGCUGCCUUUGUGACGAGCACAAUUAUCCCAGAACUACCCUACUCAAUCGUUGCGGGGUCAAUCUACUUUAACUGCUGGUACUGGGGAACUUGGUUUCCGCGCAGCUCGUUCAUCUCCGGCUACGUUUGGAUGUGCCUGAUGCUAUUUGAAGUAUACUAUGUUGGACUUGGUCAAUUCAUCGCUGCCCUUGCACCCAAUGAGCUAUUUGCCAGCUUGCUUGUGCCGACUUUCUUCACCUUUAUUGCUUCAUUCUGCGGUGUUGUCGUCCCUUACGCCGCGAUGCCGCAUUUUUGGCAGUCGUGGAUGUACUGGCUUACGCCUUUCCAGUAUCUGCUUGAGGCACUGGUUGGAACCAUCACCCACGACGUUCCUGUACGCUGCAUUGAGCGUGAAGAAUCGCACUUUAGUCCUCCGCCUGGCAUGACCUGCCAACAAUAUGCUGGGUCUUAUGUCGCGAAAGCCGGUGGAUAUGUUCGAGACGCUGCGAAUGGAAUGUGCGCAUACUGUCAAUACUCGGACGGUGGUCAAUAUUCUAAGAGCAUCAAUGUUUUCUACUCGCACAAGUGGAGAGAUUAUGGAAUCCUCUGGGGAUAUAUCAUCUUCAACUUUGCUCUUGUUUUCGCCUUCUCGUGGUUAUAUUUGCACGGCGUUCGCAACAUGAAACGCUGGCUCAGUGCACGUAAGACGAGAACGGGCAAGGACCGUUCUUGA